UUUAGGAUGCACACCAACUGUCAUUAAUCACUCAGCUAUUUAAGCACGAAACUUGACGUUCGUGGUCAGGAGGUUCAUGGAUAUUGAGGCUCAUGGCUAAGACCACCACCAUUUGGGCACAGAGCUACAUUCUCAUUAUUGUCCUAUAAUAUUUAACCUGGUAACCUUCAAUUUGAAUAACAUUAUAGUCACUAUGCUACUCUGAGUUCAUGUAGACCCAACCAGUUGUCUGAGCUCAGUGUAUUUUGUUGAAAUAUCCUAGCAAUGCUUUGAUGGUAACAUGAUUUUGGCGUGAUGAUAAUAAUAGCCCAGAGAGGUCCCUGGCGUCUUGUCACUAAGCUGUUUAUAACACUUGAGAGAGAUCUACAGUCUAGUGGACACCCACACACACACACACUGGGGAACAGCUAGGGAACUUACGCUGGAGCCACUUGUCUAUGACUCAAUGAGACCGUUGGAUUUGAAUUGGACUGAAUUGAAUCGAAGUGAAUUGGUUGAAUUGAACUGGAUUGGAUUGAUCAGACUGAAAUAGACCCUCGCUCGCUGAGUAACCUGGAUUGGAGGAAGGUAUACACACUGUGGGAUGAGCUGCUUGUUUACACCAUGGAGAAGACACGCCUAAUGGAAAUGCUCUUUAUUACUUUCAAUCACAAUGUCACUUUCCUGGGGAAGACGUGGUUGAUCAUAAUGGUGGUCCUGCGACUACUCAUCCUCCUGUUCUCUGGCUAUCCCCUCUUCCGGGACGAGCAGGAGCGCUUUGUGUGCAACACCAUCCAGCCGGGCUGCACCAACGUCUGCUUCGACGGCUUCGCUCCCCUCUCCCUCUUCCGCUUCUGGCUGUUCCAACUGAUCCUGCUCUGUCUCCCUCACAUGAUGUUCAUUUUGUAUAUAGUCCACAAAGUAUCGUCAGCUCUUCGUAUCGGAGGGAACUAUUUCCCCGGCAGCAGAAGUCCGGCAGGGGCUCUGUGCACCCAUCAACAUUCCCUACCAAAAGGGACGCCUAACUUUCUAAGCGCCUACCUCCUGGACCUGAUACUACGUAUCUUACUGGAGGCAGCAUUCAGUGCCGGCCAGUACUACCUCUAUGGCUUCUCUGUCCCCAGGCGCUUCCAGUGCUAUGAGUCCCCCUGUACGUCCAUGGUGGAGUGCUACGUAUCCAGCCCCACAGAGAAGACCAUCAUGCUCAACUUCAUGCUGGGGGCUGCCUCCCUGUCUCUGCUACUGAGUCUGGCAGACUUGAUGUGCUCAGUGCAGCGCAUGGUGACACAGGGGAGGAGAAAGGGGCUGAAGGAGGGCGGACUGUUCAUGAAUGGAGGAGUUGGGGAGGAUAUUGAAGUCCUGUACGCCCAGAACACUCUCAAAACUGUCCUAAAGAGAGGACAAAGUCACAUUGACAAACCGACCUCAAGGUGUAUCCCAAACAGUGACCUUUCACACGGACGAGUGAGAAUAAACAAUGAGACACAGGUUAGGGUGGCUGCCCCACCCCUGCAGGGGAGAAGGCCGCCACGGAGAGCUGCACGGAUGGAGCCUCCGCCGCCAUUUCAGCCCAUCCCUAUGGGUGCUCCAUCGAACGGUCGCUUUGUUCAUCCAAACCACAUCUCCCAUUCAUCUCCAGUCCCCCUCUCCCGGCGGUUAGAGAGAAACCCAGUGGUAGUCUCACGCCAGUCUACCCCCUCGCCCAUUAACAGUGGCCGGAGUCACGGCUGCUACAACGUGGUAGACACAACACUCCUGGAGCAGCAUUAUGAUAGUGCAGAGUCCCGUGAUAGGCUCCAGGAGGAAGUCAUCCUGCAGGAAGUGGGGGUAAGGGGCACCUCAAGCUCCUCCAGUGGUUCUUCUUCCUCAUCAGAUGCUCAAUAAAGUUAGUGUUUUUGUUUAAAUGUACGUAAUUCUAUGCAAGGGCGAAACAACAAUGUGACUUUCUUUUUUUUCUCUUUUUUUUUUAAACAACGUUGAUGAUUUACUCAUUACUUACAGUUGAAUUCAUUUUCCCCCUAAAUGUAAUAAUGGGCUAUACAUUUCAUUUUGCUGUUGUGACUUUAUACUUAGAAUGUGUUCACUGUCUAUAGAGCUGUUUGUGUUGGCUUACAGAAUUAGAAUGAGUGAUUUAAACAAUGCCAGUUGACCUUGAAGAACAAUGGUGGCAGCACACAGCUGUUGUUCAGCUCAAAUGUUUGUUCAUUGGCUUCACCAACAACAGUCAGACAAGACUGACAUGCUCCGACCCAACCAAAGCCAACGUCACCUGGAGAACUGAGGGUAACAAAGGAACAUUACUCUGCUCUGGCAUCCAAGGAAACCAUAGACCCAAAAGAGAUCUCAGGAGAGGUCAAUGGCCUUAAAGGAGGCCAGUGAUGGAAGACUUAGGGUUGAGGUGAAUGGAAGAGCACCUGACUCCUAGACAAAUACACAAGGGCAGAGAUUCAAUCCAAGGUGCGUUGCAGUGAAGUGCACUGUACUGUCAACACUGUUCCCGACGUUUGCGGAGAUCAAGUUCACAGUAAAUACCGUGGAUGACUGCUCAAGCAUACAUUACCUUAAAUUAAAAGUCGAGCACAAUGCGCUUUAUGCAGUGCGCUUCGGGUUGAAUCCUUGCCAAAGCCUUCAUACAGAAUAGCAGUAGUGUAGGAUUUCAAACUAUCUUGAUUUAUUUAUUGCGCUUUUUUUUUUUUUUUUUUACAUAAAAUAUUUCAACUACCAUAGGGAUUUAUGUGUUCUGUUUUUUAAGUGAUUGAACAGACUAUAUUAAACAUUUUAGUACA